AUGGCCGGUCUCCUAACAAUACUUUUGUUUGCAGAACUCGAAUGGACUGGACAUCGGGGAAAUGAAAAAGUUUUCAGGCAUGAAGACAUAAAAGCUGGUAUUGCUAAAAAGAAUAGGAAAUCUGCCGAAAUGUAUAAGAAACGAGAAGGAACGUCCGGCAUUAAAGGCCAGCUGUACGAAACAAAACUAAUAAGCCUUAUUAACUUCAGAGCAAAAUUCGACAACAGCCUCAAAGAUUGUUAUUUAGCGACCAACAUGGCAGACAUAGGAACAUUUGACGAUAUAUGCUUUAGAGCUAAAGCGAAAAUUGGGAACAGUAAUAAACAAAUCGCCAUUUUUGUUCAAGCGAAACACAGAGAAACAGAUAAAACAGUUUUGUCGCUAAACAGCAAAAACGACUUAGCUAAAUGGUUCGCCAGCUACCUAACCAUCAGACGUUCCUUCAAACAAAACAAUAAAGACGUCUUUUUUAAGGGAAAUUUUCAAGACAUUGAUACUUAUUUCAUUAUGUAUACGACAGCUAGAGAUGAUCAUGAUAAUGUACGAUUUGAUAAAGAAGUUGCUCAUAAACUCAACAGUUUAAUAGCUACAGGAAAUGAUGCCGUCCAGCCGAAUCACAAAGAAUCACAUGUGGAGUUUCUAUGCGAAAUAAUCAUGAAGGAACAGCUAGUCGAGCUGGCUAUUUUACUAGCAGAAUUUGUUAAUAAAAACGACAAUACUGUACUGUCAAUCAACAACGAUUUGAUACUGAUUUACCACGUGAUUCUGGCGAAAAACUUCUUACUUAUAGGUGAAAUUCGAGAUAAAAACGAAAACAGUGAACACAGAAUCGCUCGUUUCCGUAGUGAAUUUUACGAAAGCGAUGAUGAAUUUAUUAAAUUAUUCCGAGACACGCUUUAUAUGGAUAUUUUAAAGAAAAGGCAACUUGAUGAUGUUGCAAGGAAUGAAUUGCUAGCAAAACUAUUUGUGAAACCUUUUGAUGUUCAAAUAUUAGCAAAACUUAUAUGCAGUGUUGUAACUCUAAACAACAGUAAUGGAAAACUAGAAUUUGUUGACAAAUCUAUGGGUGAAGAUUUAAGACAUAAAUUAGAAAAAGUAAAUGUUCUUCGGGCGAAUGUACACGAAGCCAUGUGUAUAGCUGCGGAAGAAAUCCUGAGACCGAAGGAAAUUAAAGUCCCAGUGGCAUUCGGUAAUAAAGAUCUCACAGUAAGAGGGAAUGAAGAUAAUAAUGAAGAUUGGACAGCUGACAGCAUCCUUGUGAAAGUAAAAAACAAAAUGGUGGAAAUGUUAUUGAAAUCUGCACCGGGACAUAUAGUCACAAUAGACAAAACAGUGGAAAAACAAUUUUCGAAAAUCAACAUCGAUUUAGCCAGUAUAGUGGGAAAUAUUUUAAUAGCAGACCAAAACUGUAAAUACCUGAAAUUCUCAGACAAUACCGAAACACUAGGUGACAUUGCGAAACAGCUGUUUUCUGAACUACAAUCCGCAUUACCAAAUUUACAAGAUUUCAAAUUUAAUCUAAAAGUUGAUACGUUUCCAGUGGUUUCUUUUGAGAAGAUAUAUUCAAUAGAAGAUGACAUUUCAGCUCUCGCGACAACUAUUGCAAUAUUUCUGAAUAAAAACACUGAUUCAGUAAUGCAAACGACAGAUAAUAUCUUACGACGAUACCACGUGGCUCUAGCACAUAAAGUAUUGGACAUUUCUGAGAUUAUUGGUGAGGAUGACGAUGCGUACAGACUAGCGAUAUUCCGACAAGAAUUCUUUGAGUCAGAAGAAGAUUCCCUCGUCUUGUUCAAAAGACAUUUGUAUCCAGAAGUAUUGAAAGGCAGGAAUUUAAAUGAAAAUGAAGUUGAAGACUCAUUGGCAAUGUUUUUCAAUGAUCCAUGUGAUAAGACUGCGCUAGGAAAAUUAAUUAAUACAGUUAUAAUGUAUGCGAAUGGAAAAUUUCAAUUCAUUCACAGUAAUGCACCAGAUGAUAAAAAACAACUAUUAGAUAGAAUAGAACUGCCUCUAUCGGUAGUAGACGAUGCUAUAAAUCUAACUGCAAAGGCAAUACUAUUGAAACGAGAGUUUAAAGUCUCCACCGCUUUCGGAAACAAAGACAUUAAACUUAAAAAAAGUAAAGCAGAAAAAAGAUUAGAUCAUUUGAAAAUGAAACUAUGUGAACUGAUGAGUAAAUCAAGUGACGAUAAAGUUGUUACUAUUGAUGAGUCUCUGGGAGAAGGUUUUCUAAAGCUCAGUGGAGGUAUAGCAGGCAUUGUCGGGAAUAUUUUUGUUCUAGAUGAAGAUACGCACCUUUAUAAAUUCACAGACAAUUGGGAAUCAUUAGAAGACACUUCUAAAAGGCUGUUCACAAAACUGAAGAGGACAACUCCCAAUUUACAUGAAUAUAGAUUCAACAUAAACGUCAAAAGAUUCCCGAAGCUCUCGUUCAAAAGAAAUAAAGACGAUGAAAAUUUGGCGAAAGAUUUCUUGAACAGACUUCUGUUUUACACAAACCAAGCUGACGAGAAAGGCGUCGAGAAAUGUUUAAAAGACGAAAUUGAAGAUCACCAAUGUCUGAACGUUGACAGUAUCAAAGUGACGGCCGACGCCAUUUUUUUACAAUACCACGAUCAAAUACAACAAUGGUGGAUGUUAAAGGAGGCGGAAUAUCUUACGAAAAAGAGCUCGCAUUACGAAGAAGCCUUGAGGUUGAUUGUUGACAAACCUCUUUUGUCAAUAAUUAGUAAAAUGUACACAAUGAAAUUGGGAAAUAUUUUCGAAAUAACUUUCAACGACCACGCAGUGAAAUCAUUGAAUCUAACAGAAACAUUGACAAACGUCAUUUACGUAACGGAAAAUAUUCAUUUGACAGUAGUAAAACUGAUGCAGUCUUUAAAUAAAUUCGAACACACUGUCAUGGAUUUAGAAGAUCUACUUCUAACGAAAGACUACUCGACACUUAUAAAAGAACUAACAAAAAUGGAACAAAAUAAAAUUAUAAUACUAGCGUGUGACAACAUACAAAGAAGCUCAAUGAAAAGGUUAGAAAAUAUUUCGAAUAUUUUGAAUGAAAAACGGAUAAUUAUCGUCACAAACACGGCUUUGCUAGACACGGUUCAGACAUAUUUUUCAGUUAUAAAAGAAAUAAAAAACGACAGAUGUAGCCUUACCGACCUGAGUGAGAAGUCACAGAAAACUGUAUUACAAGCAAAAGUAAAUUUCCAAGAUGUCGAAGUGACAUUAGACACAGUUGUUGAUGAGCAAUCGAUGCAAACCGUCGAAGGAGUUGUUUUGAAUGACUUUAUUAAUAAUGAAACAAGACGUUUUAGUAACUCUGUUACAAAUCUAAAUUAUGAGAAAGUUAAACACCUUUACGUGGAUAGAAGAGUUUGUAAACUGCUCCCGUAUCAACCGCUUAACUACGUUCCAAAAGUUGGGUCAGAGACCAAAUAUUUUGUUCAUAAAGAAAACGUAGAAUUUUCCAAUCUGAAUGAUUUGUCUAAUGUAGUACUAUUGUCAGCAAAGCCAGGUAUGGGAAAAUCAACUUUAUUGACCCACUUGUCUAUUAAAACUAAAGAGACAAACCCAAAAGUUUGGAUAGUGCGAGUCAAUUUGCUGGAUCAUUGUGAAAAGUUCAAUAAAUGGCAAGAAAACAAAGUGAAAAUUGAUAUUAUAGAAACUCUGAAGUUUUUAUGUCCUAUUAUUGUCGGAGAGAACAAAAAGAGUGACUUAGAAUUCGAUUUAGAGGAAUCGAAUGGUGCUGUACAUCUAAAAUCAUGUCGUACAGACAAUCCAUGGACGGUGUUCGAAAUAAAAAUGUUCCUAGACUAUUUCAGUAGAAAGCAAGUUAUCUUUUUAUUCGAUGGUUUCGAUGAGAUAUGUCCGCUCUAUACAGAAGAAGUGCUGCACUUAUUGAAAGUUGUACGGAAUCACACAAAUAAACAUAAAAUGUGGAUCACGAGUCGGUCUUACGACAAGGUCAUGGCAGGUUUGGAACAAGAAUUCGGGAAACCAUACGACGUGGAAGGCUUUAACGAGAUCGAGCUUGAUGAAUAUUUGUGGAAGUAUUGGCAAUCGACUAUUAUAUUGAGGAAUUUGAACAAACAACAAUGCAACAAUUUGUGUAGUUUUAUGGAAUUUAUGUCGAAACAUUACUAUAAAUCGAGUAGGACAAGACCGACCACGGCCGUUGCUCAAAAAAGGGAAAUAUAUCAAGUCUUAUUUAUGAAAGUUUGUUACAAUUUUGUACACUAUCUGAGGAAAGAACUCAACGUCUGUCCCGAAGAUGUGAUUCAAACAUUUAAUUUAUUUUUCCACAACUGUACAUAUUCUGUACAUUUUGUGCAAACUUUUGAUACACCUUUACAUCUUUACCUUUUCGCCGAUUACUUCCAAAACCUAAUCAAUGACGAAAGUAUAAUACCAAACAGAUGGAACUUGGACAUAAACGCUUUUACAGUUUACGACAAAUUUAUUGAAAUGAAACUUAAAAACAUAAGAUUUCAAGAGAAAAACAAAAUCGAUUUACACAAUCCCGACAAUUUGACAAUUUAUGAGAAAAUUCGAGAGGACUUCUUCGUGAAACAUUACAAACUAGGUGCUUAUGCUAUUUUUAAUCAAGACCUCGACAAAAUAUUUGACGAUAAAGAAUUAUCUGAAAUUAGAAAAACUAUAGAAAAUAUUAAAAUUGGCACGGAAAAGACUGGAUUGGUACAUAGCAUCAUUAACAAUAUACCAACAUUUAUACAUAGGACUUUCACAGAAUAUUUCGCAGUUGAAUAUAUUUGUCAAUUAUUGAAAUUGGCUUCUGGAAUAGAAAAUCAAAGAAACAUUUGGGACUUCAUUUUAAACGUCGUAUUUUUAAAAUGCGACAAAAACGUACGCCAAAUUUUUGGCUACAGAUUAAAAACAGACAAUGUGUUAAAAGCUACAGUAUAUGGGCAUGAAGAAAUAAUUUUUGAUUUGUUAUUGGAACAGGGGACGGGAGUUUUCGCUUACAAUCCUGACGAUUUCAGCAAAGAAUUAUAUUUGAAAGUAAAAAUUCAUUUACAUUGGGCCAUGAAGGAUGAACUCACAAACUUCGUCUCAACAAUUAGUAAUCUAAAAGAAAAAAUGUCAGAAGACUACAUAAAGGAUUACACAAAAGGGACGUUAAAAAUAAAGAGAUUGAAGUUUUUGCAUUUAGUAAAAGUGAAGCGACAAGCUCUUCUCGGUGUAACAGUGAGUCCAAAUCACUGGUUCGCCAGACAAAAUCUUCCAUGGACUAUAGCGGAUCCCGAAAUCUCCCAACAUGUUAAAAUAUUGGACAAACAUCGACUGAAUGUUAUGACUGACUCAUAA